GUGGAUUUCUUCAAGGAGUAUCUGCUGCUGGUGGUGGUGGUGGGCUCGCUGUCCUUCGUCCUCCUCUUCAUCAUCUGCGCCGCCGUCAUCGUCCGGCAGAAGCACAAGGCCUCUGCCUACUACCCCUCCUCCUUUCCCAAGAAGAAAUACGUGGAUGAGCGGGACAAGUCGGGGGGAGCGCGGGCGUUCAGCGAGGUGCCCGAGAAAGCCCCCGAGGCGGGCGCGGAGGAGCCGCUGGACGGCAGCCGGCAGCUCCAGGCGGACAUCCUGGCUGCUGCCCAGAACCUCAAAUCCCCCCACAAGGCACCGCUGGCCAACGAGGCCCGGGGUGAGCAGAAUUCCCCUCAGGAGAAGGAGGAGGAAGAGGAAGGAAGGAAGAAGUUGGGGGAUGAGCAACCCAAGCUCCCUGCCCAAAAUCCAGGUGCGGAGGAGGCGGCGAGCGCAGGAAGCAAGGAGACCCCAGAUGCAUCCCAGGAUGGCUCCCAGGCUCCCUCUGGAAUCUGAGGCAGGGACACAGUCCCAGGCAAGCCCGAGGAGCUGCUGGCUUGGGACACACGAUGGACACGGUGGAUCAGGUUCCGUACGUACGUGGUGGCUCGAGGAAGCCCCGAUGAAGAUCCCAUUCCUGCCCAGCUCUCCCAACCCUCGUGCUGAUGGGAUGCUCAUGGGGGGGGAUUUGCCAGCUGGUGGCUUUCCCCAGCACUGGAACGCUGUCAGCCCCAGCUCCUGCUGCCCAAGGGGUCUCUUCCACCCCAGGAACUGGGUGGGUGCAUCCCCCCCAGCUCCAGCUCUGUCCCCACUGUGCCACCAGCUUCCUCCCAAAUCAGCAGCAGCCUGGUCCGUGCCGGGCUCCUGGCUGGGAGCUGUGUCCCUCUGGGACGAGGGACGGGAGCGGGGCUGGAGGUCUGUAGGACAUGGGUCAGCUUUGCCCAUGGCCACCCAAGGGAAAGAGGGAUGAGGGGACAAGGUCCCUCCUUUCACCCAGAGCCCAGCUGGAUUUUUGCCUCACUUCCUGAACCCCUUCAGCUAGAAAUAAACGUUUCCUCCGCACA